UUUAAUAAAUAAUAUAUAUUUCAAUACUUAAAUAAUAAAUAAUAAAUACUAAAUAAUAUACUAAGUAUACAAUGUAUACUAUGUAGAAUUUUCAUUGACUCUGUAAGUCACGGGCCCACUCACGUGUAUUUUCCAAUGAGUCUCACCAAACAAAAAUGAAUUGGAUUUAAAGGGUAAACCCAUAGGCAACAAUACUGUAGAAGCAAAUUGUAAGCAAUCAUUAUGGGAUUCUUUUCAAAAUCAGACAAUGAAGGAAAUGCUCCACCUCCCAAUAAAGCCAAGCGUCAGGCAUGUUGGGAUUCUCGAGACAAAUUCUUUGCAUGUUUAACAGAUAAUAAUAUUGAUAAUUCACUAGAUCCAAAUCAAUUAGGUAAUGUUGAAGAUAAAUGUGGAAAUUAUAAGUCCGAGUUUGAAAAUAAUUGUGUUAAGACUUGGGUUAAAUAUUUCCAAGAGAAAAGAUUUAAUGAUUUAACUAGACAAAGGUAUAUUGAUAAAUUAGAAGCUGAAGGAGCUCAACAAUUACCAUUUAAGUUAGAUAAUAGUAAAAGGUAAUAACCACAUCAUGAAUAUAAUUUUACCAAUAACUAUUCCUUGUACAUAGAGAGUUUACAGAAAAAUGAUUUUUUUUCAAAAUUUACUUAGUUUAAUAAAUAACUAUAGAUUAUUUU